CGGUGGCGGCGCAGGGGGAGGGCGAAGGCGGUGGAGCGAGAUGGUCGCAAGAUGGCGGCUCUGAAGGAGGAGCAGGUCUACGCUCUGUCCUGCGGUCGGCCGGUCAAUAGCGGUAGCAACGUCUCGGUCUUUCACGUCAAGCUCACGGACAGCGCCAUGCGAGCCCUCGAGAACUACCAGGGAAACCAGGUACAAAAGAAUGAGACUGACUCGGGGAAGGAGGACAACAAGAGCUCCAUUCCGUCAAAACCUUCUGUCCAGUUUAAGGAAAGAGAAGGGAAUAUCUCAAUUCCCCAGCGUGAUUGCCCGACAGAAGCACGGUCUUUCACAUUUUAUCUUUCAAACAUUGGACGAGACAAUCCCCAAGGGAGCUUUGACUGUGUAAAGCAGUAUGAAUGCAGUACCGGGAACAAUCAUUUGGAUUUUAUGGGAAGCAUACAAGACAAAAUCACUGUGUGUGCCACAGAUGAUUCUUAUCAGAAAGCUCGGCAAAGCAUGGCCCAAGCCGAGGAGGAAACUCGAAGCCGAAGUGCCAUCGUUAUUAAACCCGGAGGCCGAUUUGUAGGCAAAAAGGUUCAGUUCCGGAAACCGGCCCCAGGAGCGGUUGACCCUGCUCCUUCCAGGAAGCACCCCACACCCGUCAAUCUGGCCAACGCCAUAAAGAAGAGCAUGAACAAUGUUUCUCAGCGGCCCAUAAAAGACCGGGUGAUGCACUUACUGGCACUAAAGCCUUACAAAAAACCCGAACUGAUUCUGAGGCUGCAGAAGGAUGGACUCGUGCAGCCGGACAAGGAGCUGUUGGAUAGCAUCCUGCAGCAGGUAGCAAACACUAGUGCCAAGGACAACACAUCCACUCUAAAAGAUUGUUUAUACAAAGAUGUUCAGAAGGACUGGCCUGGAUAUUCCGAAGGAGAUCAGCAGUUACUAAAAAGAAUUCUGAUUCGGAAGCUUUCUCAACCACAGAAUACAAAUAACCCUCCUGGAAACACUCCUUCUAGGAGCCCAUCCAAAGACCAGAAGAGCUCUUCACCACCUCCUCAGAAACGACCCCAGCCACUGGAUUUCAUUGAUCCACUAGCCACCAAGAAGCCCAGAAUCUCUCAUUUUGCUCAGAGAACGCAGCAAGGUUUAAAUGGGAAAGCGAACUCUUCCAACGGCAAAGAGGCUCCCCCUGCUGCGGUCCAGGCAACGGUGCCCGAUUGUGUUAGUUCCAGCUCUCAGUUGCCAGGCCAGGCACUUCCAACAUCUCAUAACCCCCUUGCUGCUGUCAGCAAGAGUGUGUGUCAAAAUGGCAAAGACUCCAAGAAUCCAGGGGCUCCUGACAAACCGAGCCUCGGUCCGCCGAUAGACUGUCCUCCGACGAGCAAUCAGAACUCUAGCUCGUUGCAUGGAAAAACCAAGAAAAAAUCCAAAAAGCACAAAGAAAAGGAGAAGAACGAAGAGAAGCACAAAGAGGGGAAACAGGACUCUGGCCUCCCAAAGAAUUCCGAAGUCAAAACGAGCAGUUCCAGGCAGGAUGCCACAGGUUUAAAUGGAACAUGCAAUAAUUCUAGUGUUCCAACAUCAACAUCGGAAAUGCCAGAUUAUUUAUUAAAAUAUACUGCUAUUGCCUCGUUGGAGCAGCGUCAGACUUAUAAGAACGACUUUAAUGCUGAGUACAAUGAGUACCGAGAUUUGCACGCCCGAAUAGAGAGGAUAACACGACGGUUUACACAGUUAGAUUCCCAGCUCAAGCAACUCACCCAGGGUUCGGAAGAAUACAAGAUUAUACAUGAUCAGAUUCUACAGGAAUAUCGAAAGAUUAAAAAGACUAAUGCAAACUACAGCCAAGAAAAGAACCGUUGUGAAUAUCUCCACAACAAACUGGCCCAUAUAAAAAAACUGAUAGCAGAAUUCGACCAACAGCAACUUCAGUCUUGGCAUUAGGACCUGGGCUAAAGAAACAUAUGGGCGCUGGACAUGUUUCACUGUACAACUAAAAUUUCUUUCUACAGACUUGCAAGUAAUCUGAUUUCUGAUGUGAAGCCCCUUGCGCGACAGGGGCGGGGAGGGGAGUCGGGGAGUCGAGGGGGUGGAGGGUGCUCCUUCAAAGGACAAAGGAGUCAGCUGGCAGAACUGGCUCCCAGCUUAAUUCUAUUAAGCUUGACCUUCCCUGAUGAGGGGAAGUGGGGAAAACAAAAAGGUAUCUAUUUAAAAAAAGGUUUCUCGUUUUAUGGUUUUGUUGGUUUUUUGGUGUUUUUUUUUUUUAAAAAAAAAAAGAGAGAGAGAGAAGGAGAAAUAAAGGAAACUCACUCAUUUGAAGCCAGCACACUCAACUUCUAAAGGCAGAUUUGCCUCCAAGCAAAUGAAACACCCAAAGGUUAUGAAUACGCUAGAGAUUUUCAUGGACUCCACUUUGGAGAGGGAAGUCGGCUCCCACCCUACCCCCUGAGCCAGGCUUGCACACUGGACUGUGGGACGCACGUCGGGUAAACCGGGAUGCGCCCUUUCCCCUUCUCCGGGGCCUGGGUCCCCAUCGCCUCACAUUGACCCCUCCAGCCCUCACGGCUCCCUGCCCCAAGGUUCAGUGGGUGGAGUUCGUCCAGGGUCCCCAGGAGGCAGCCGGGAGAAGGGACGCCGGCUCCUUGGUUCUCCUGCCUGCUCUGCCCGCCCGGAGGCCGUCAUAGGAGUUUUGGGCAGCGGCCUUUGGCAGUGGGUACCCACCUCUUCAAUCUGCAUCGUGCUUUGAAUUCCCCAUGCCAGAAGACUUUGAGACCUGUCUGUCUUCAACUUUUCUAGUUUUAUAUGAAGACAGCCAAUUUUAUUCAUUGCUAAUGAGACUAUGGUCUAUUUUUGUAUAAAAGAAGCAUCUUUUUCUAAAUCUGUGCCUCCCUUUUCCUUUUAGGCCAAGUGUCUGAAUCUCUUUCCUGUGUUCUAAUUGCAGUAUUACUAACGCUCCAGAGAAGUUAUUUUGUUAUUUGUAAUGACCCUUAGGAGAGAAUUCAGGAGAACUUUGGGGGAGGUGACAUGUUUUUGGUGGGGCUUUUAGCACAUUUCCAAAGAAGGCUCUCGGAAGGGGACCGUGCUCCAGGCCUUUCUCGCCCCAUCCAGUCAGCUUCCUGCCACAGCCCGCUGGCCCCUUUCAUCCGAGAUGACUUGCCGGGGGCCUUUCUGUGCCCGGCCUCAGUGAGAGGGGAUGGGGGCUGAGGGUGGCGGGGAAAGAUCUGAGUUGGUUACCUCUUCGGUGAGCCUGAUUUGUUUGUUUGUUUGUUCGUUUGUUUGCUUCACUACACCCCUCGCUCCUGCCAGUUCAGGGAAACCUAACUCUCCCCGACAGCCACUUUGUGUCGCCAACUUCACCAACUCCAUGUGGGUGUCUGUGUUCAAAAGAGGCAUCUGCUGCCCUAGAAUAGCCCCAGAGCCCCAGAACCAGAGCCCUCGCAGUUGUCUGGACCAUCGUGGGGCGGGGGCCGAGUUUGUCGAGGGUUAGCCCGCAGGGAGGCGGCGCUGGGAGGGUCUCUCCCUCUCCUCAUCGGCCUAGGCGCCCUUCGCUUUUUGGUGGCACUAGUCUGGUGGGUGGGUGGGAGAGGCUCAUGGAGCAAAUCCCCUGUUUGCUGGAUUCCUUGUCCCCCGGACUCAAAGUCUGCAGCAACUUUUUAGGUCUCUCUUUGCUGUCGGUCACCCUGUUCAAAUCAAACGCAAUUGAAAAUGAUCAUCAGUGAUGUUUAAAUCAUCGCUCUGGCUGUCGGAGCUUCAUUGGCCAGGGCGAAUCUUCGCGCGGUGAGUUCUAGCCACCCCUCCCCCGCCCCUUUCACUCUUCUCUCUGAGACUGAUCGGUGUAAUACGAGAGGUUGGGGCUUGGGUGUCUGGCACGAUGGAGCUGGGGCCGGCCACUGGAUGAGGCCUUCUCCAGCUUCCCAUGAAGAGCUCAGCCAAAGGCCCGUUCUUAACCGGUAGGAGGUCGGAAGCUGAGGGCAGGAUGGAAAUUUGAUUUCUCUCGCCGACCUAACCAGAUGGUGUCAGACCAAGGGACCUUUAAUGCAGCAAAAUGUGGCAUUUAAGGAGGAAAGAGUUGUCCCCGAGUGAGCUUUAUCGGCUGCCGGGUUGGCUCGCGGCGUGAAUUAUUUUCCAUAGCAAAUGGUUCUGUUGUGGAAACGGCAACGACCCUUCCAUUUUCAGAGAUGCACAGAUGGUUAAAGAGAGGACCCAGGUUGGUGGGGGGUGGGGGGUGGGGGGCACUGAUGACGGCUCAAAGUCUCACCACGCUGGUUCAGUGGCCCACCUGCCUCGGUCUGUACCAGUGCUGGGUAUCACACCGGUGUGGAUUGGGCCGAGUCGGGCUUCGAUCUGUUCUCUUGGGCACAGUCCGGCCCCGAGUGCGGUUCCCGGAGGAGGUAGGUGUCCAGUUGGCCUGUUGCCGGGCUUGCCAAAACCUCUCGGGACGUGAUCCCUCAUUCGCUUUGGGCUGGGUCAGGAAGGGGAGAAGAGGUCACGACCCAGGUUCUGAUGGGCAGGUGGUUAACUUGGCCCAGGGCCCCAGGGAGCCAUCUCUGGAGCCUGGCCUCUGCCGAGGCUGGCGGGUUGUUGGUGGGAUGUCGCUGGGAUGUCUCCAGCGGCCUUGGGGAUUUGAGAUGUUGCUUUGAAAACCAACUUGAGGCAAGUGGUUUGUAAGCAUCGGGGCUUUCGCAGGUGGAUUUUUUUGUUGUUUUUUGUUUUGUUUUUUCCAUCGCUCACUUCCAAAGAACCGGUAUCUACAUCUGCAGUGUGCCAGUGCGCGCGUGCACACAUAAGCACACACGCACACACACGCGGCCAACACGCAGCGCUGACCCUCCUUCCCAGAGGGCUGCUGUGGACAGUUUGAGGGCAGCAGGUUCUCUGAGGCUCCCGGUUCUUCCAUGGAAACACUUCUCAUUCUGAUCCAUCAUGUUUGGAAAAUUUUUACUGGGGGGCGGGGGGGAGCGGGGAGGGAAGGGGUAAAGUAUAUGAAGAGAUCUCAAACUUUAUACAUCUGCUCUAUGGGUAUUUUUGCAGACAGAGUUGUAUACAAAAAUGUAUUGUGUACAUUUACUUGUAUAUUCUGGAACUUGUAGAAUUGGGAUAUAAAAACUGAAAGAAAAAUAUUUAACAAUAUCAAAACUGUGAGACCCAAUUAGCAUUCAAUGACUUUAUGCUUCACUUCUUUUGGACUGUUUAAAAACAAAUUUUAGUCAAAUCUGCCGUUUUUAUUUUUAAGGAAUUUUGAAGUUGAGCAAAUUUGUGCUUUUGGGUUAAUAGAAACCAGUUCUAGGUGGUUAAGUAUGAUCUAACUUAUUGAUACUGUGUUUUACUUUGUAAUAUUGUACUGUGGAUAAAAUUAUAUUGAGCCAUGGAGUUGGAGUUUACAAAAGCUUUCCCUUUGCCAAAAUGUUACAGUUUCAAAGGCAGCCUCGUCUUCAGCUUUCCUAAUGUUUCUUAAAGAGCUAGUGUCCUUUUUGUACACUAAAAAGCUGAAUGCUCAUUUUGCAACAUAUAAUAAAAUUCACUGUAUUGGAAAACA